AUGGUGUACUUUGUCUUCUUCUCCACCCGUGUGCUCGCCAAACUGGCGGCGAGCAUCAUCUCUACCUUUCUUCUGCCAAAGGAUGAAUCCAUUUCCAUCGGCUCGCUCAACAUUGCGCUCUUUGGCGGACGUAUCAUUUUGAGAAAAGUCCGCUACGUGACUCGAGAUGCUUCGUUUAACUUUGUCGAUGCGCCUGGAGAUCUUAUGUACAAUUGGGCCUCGCGAUACGAUGCCAUCGAAGAGAUCCUCCGCAAACGCGAAGCUGCUACUGCUGCUGCUUCUGCAGCUACUGCUGACCAUGGGCCGAGAGCCAGCUCGAGAUCGUUCGUCUCGGACGAUGCAGACGACAGCAGCUGCUCCACAGGCAAAGGCGGCUCGCGGAGCUCGACACACACCGCCUCUGCCGCUGGCGCGGCCACUCUUGGCGGGGCUGGUGCCGACGGCUACGUUGCGCCCGGCGGCAAUCAGAUCCCCACCCUCUUUCGCCUCUUUCCCAUGCUCGGCGUCAAAGUCCGCAAAGGCGCACUCUACGUCGGAAAUCCGCAGCUGCCCAACGUUGCCCUUUUGCACUGGCACAAGGCCACCGGAGUACUCACCGCCGAGCGUGCCCGGUCGCCGCUCGAUUACUACAAGUCGAUCUCGCACUUUAAGCUCGUCCGCGCUGCGCUCAAGCUCGUCCCCAACCUCGACUACACCCCGCCAUCAGACAUGGGAAGCGCCAAGACACCUGCUGCCCGUUCGCGCGUCUCGCGCAUCCUUCCGCGUGGCUUCAUCCAGCGCAACAUCCGCAAUCUGCGUGAGUUUGUUGGCGACGUCAAGUUUGCCUUUCUCCGCGAAGACGAAGCCUUUUUUGACGACGACCUCGCCGUCUCGUCCGAGUAUUCGGACGACGACGCGUGGGGAAACUUUAUCCACUCGCGGUUCAACCCGUUCAAGCGCUCCCGCGCCGACGGCGCCCCGACAUCUGGUCCGCCGCCCGGAGGCCUCGCCGUCGACGUCUCGUGUGCAGACUCGCUGGCCGGCCCCGACGCCAAGCCCGUCGCAGACUCGGGCGAUGAGCCGCACCCGCGUCCUCCCGCCCCGCGCGUCCGCCGCGGCCACGCCCGUCGGCACUCGCGAUCGGCCUCCCGCUCGGAGCAGGACUACGGCCAGCUGGUCUCGCCCGCAAACUACGGCCUCGGCGGCACUGCCAUCGGCCUUUCUGCCGCAUCGACUCCGGCGUCGUCGCGCCCCGCCGCCCGCGCCCACGCCCGCAUGCGCUCGCGCCUCACGCGCAACCGCUCGUCACGCUCGAUCGAUCGCGCCUCGUCGACCGCCCCGCUCCAGCCCGGGCCGACAGGCUCCUCCACGGUGCCGGACGCCGGUGUCCAAGCUCAGUCGGAUAAGUUGCUCUUCCCAGACUCGGCGUGCUACCUCGACUCGGAAGAGUACGGCCGCGUGGACACCAUCCUUUCUUGCUCCUCGGUCACCCUCACUUACUUUGCCGACGUCGUCGGCACGGUUCCGCCAUCCCCCUCGCCCGACGACCUCGGCCCGCAGUGGGGCAUGGAUCUCAUCUUUGCCGACCUUGUCGUUGCCUACGGUCCCUUUGCCGAGCGCCAGCGCGCCCUCAUGCUCGCCUACUUUAUGCCCUUCCCCUACGAGGACUGGGAGGUGUGGCCCAUCGUGCCCGGCACCGACCGCUACCCACCCGACUUUACCACCCUCGUCAAGUUCUCCAACGAGGCCACACUCCGCAUCCCAUUUCGUCAUGCGCUCGCGCCACCCGGUGCUCCGUUGCCACCGUUCGCCGCCCGCCGCGUCGGCUCGCUCGACAUUGUCUUUGCCCACGCCCCACCGGAGCACGCAUCCGCCCCUCCGCUCGGCUCCGCCGCCAUGUCCACCCACAAGCAGGCGCUCCUCCGCCCGGGCUCCUCGUUAUUCUUCAACAUGCCCAUGCUCAUCCUCGACAACGCAGGCUAUACCAUGACGUACGAGCUCAACCUCUUUGACGUCCGCGUCGCCACUUCGCUCAAUGGAGCGCCGCUCCUCACAGCUCCGGCCAUCUCGCUCUCGGUCGAGGGCAUUUACCCCCUGCCCUGGAACGGCGAACAGCUCUGGUCGCUCUACCUCUCCGCCACCUCGCCGUCCAUCUUUUACCUUGCCCAGCACUCGACCUUUUUCGGCGAGCUCGGUGCAGACUUUGGUGCCGGCGAGCCAUACGACCUUGCCCACUACGUGCCGUACGUGUGGAACUACGACGUGCGCUUCACAGACUUUCGCCUCUACACCAACGUCAACGAGAAGAACAUCAUCGACGUGCCCAACGAUCUCGCCUCCAACGCGCACUACGUCUUCUCCGGCCCGCGCCUCGACCUCACGGUCGCCACCCCCUACCUCGAGUACGAGCCGCCGUUCACCAUUAUGACCUUUGGUUGCACCGCGCCUUCGCUCUCGCUCUCGCUCCUCCUCCAGUCGGACAACACCAUCCGCGCCUCCAUCCUCGACUCGGCCCGCACUUUGCAAAGCUCACAGACUUUCGUCUCGACGGCUCGCGCCCUCGACUCAUUUCAUGUCGAUCUCCAUGCCUCGUCACUCGAUGCCCUUGGCUAUGGCUUCUUUCUCCGCUACCUCGGCUUUCUCUCGGACAAUUACUUUGGCUACUCGACCGUCUUUCGCUCCACCAACGAGUACACUGCCACGCUCGGCCAGCCUGAGGCAACGGGAGCUGGGGAUCACGCGCCGCCGCCGCCGCCCGCCGCCGCCGCCGCCCCCGUCGCUGCACACUCGCGCGCCGCGUCGACCGUUUCGGGCGCCUCGCUCCCGCCAUACUAUGACGAAGAGCGUGCUCUCUUUGGACCAGACAGACUCCUUGCAGCCGAAAACGCCUCGAGCGAUGUGCCACCGCCGGCCGCCAAUGCCCGCGAGCUGCACGUAGUCGUCAACUUUAAGGACAUCAAGAUCGCGCUCCCGCAGUACCUGUACUCUUCCAAGGCCGCGCCGUCGAUUACCGUCACCGAGUGCAUCCUCGACGUCCGCAUCAUGCCGGCCUAUCUCGAUAUGUUUGUCGAGAUCUCGCCGGUCCGUCUCCGCGUCCCCACCCCCGCGGGCGUCACCGUUAGCGAGCCGCAGCCUUCUGCGGGCUCGACGCGCGGGCUCGCGUCAAAGCCCAAGGCGACGGCCGAAACCACUGAGGCUUCACCGUUUGCUGGCUACACCUUUGGCGGCCGCCCGCUCAGCGCCCGCUCCGACGGCGGGCCGCCGCCUCCAUCCGUACCGACCCCGUCUGCUGGGCCCACCCGCGACGCCACUUUGGGAGAGCUUCACAAGUACGGUGCUGUCGCCAUCGGUGGCCUCCACAUCCACACCCACAUUCUCUACGGCCCGGCACCAGCCGCACUCACCUACGGCCACGCCGUCCAGGCCAAGGUCGGCCCCAUUUCGGGCGAGCUGGUCCCAGCGCACGUCUCGGCCGUUGCCGCCUCGCUGGCCCAGGUCACCUUUCAUCUCACCGACCGCGAGAACGCGCUCGCGCCCGAGAACACCAUCCGCCUGCCGCCGCCACUCUCGCUCUUUAACGUCUCGGUCGGCAAAGUCCGUCUCGCUGUUUGGUGCGAGGGCUCGGUCACCGAGCUUGUUGCCCCCGCUGGUCUCAAGCUCUGGGGUGACUCGCUCGUCAACCCCAUUUACGAGACAAAGACCUGCAUCAAUGUCGAGCGCCUUGAGCUGGCCUCGUUUGUCAAGUCGCGCUCGACUCCCGACAACGCUUCGCCCACCUUUACCCAAGUCGCCUCGCUUGAUACUGCCCUUCACUUUUCGCUCUACUCGAUCACCGACAACUGGAAGCUUGCCCGUGACGCCCAGCUCGCACAUCUCUUUGCCCAGGACGCCGCCACUGCGCGACUUGUCUUUCUCUACGACGACCCGCUGUUUGAGGCCUACCGCCGUGCAGUUUUCCCCAACGCAGGCACCGCCCUCGACUCGCUCUUUGUUGCCGAGGACUACACCAAGGUCGACUUUACCCCAGGCCUCUACGAAUCGUUCAAUACGGCCGCGUCGUUCCACGCCCAGCGCACUCCGGCCGCUGCUGCGUCUGCUGCCGCCACUGUCAGCGGUCCCGAAGUCUCUUCUCGCACCGAUGUCGGCGACUCAUCGUUUGUCUCGGAGCACUACUACGAGUACUCGUCCAACGCUUCGUUUGCGGCGUACGGCACACAUGAUGGCGGCGGCGACUUUGAAGUCACUGCUCCGCUUCAUCUCACCUCCUCGGCUUCCUCAUUGUCCGAAGCCCAGGAAGCGGUUGAGUCCGAGUCCGAGUCGGCCUCCACUACACGACUCGCGUCGUCCACGCCGCGCGGCGGCGCGUCUGCCUCCUCGGCCUCCUCGCUCUCUUCGUCGUGGUUCUCUGACCGUCCACCACCGCUCGGCCCGGCCACAAGCUCGACCGACUCGUGGGAGUCGGCGACGCGAAGCUCGGCCUUGCGUGACAAUGACGGCGCAGUCUCAGACUUUGACUCGGACAGUGACGAGGAGGCUGGAGGCUCAAGUGCUGGCGUUCAAGGCCAGCCGCAGACCCACGCCCGGGUCCCGCCCAUUUGGGUUCCGCCGCCUAGGGGCUCGCGCGUGGCACGCGACCACGAGCCGGCGGCUGGUGUCCGUCCGCGCGAGUUUGUCCUUGAUCUACGGCGGCGGCAGCUCGUGCCGCGUGGCGAGAAGCGGCGAAAGCGCCGGGCGCGGCCUGCACUCAAGUCGUCGUUUGCCUCGCUCUACUUUCUCGCUGGAGCCUCGAGCACGGCACGCGAGCUGUACGGUCCCAACUUUUGGAAGUUUGCCUCGCUCAAGGCCGACGGCUUGUUCCCGGGCUCGAGCCCACCGGAGCCGAUGCGGCCAGCGGCCGACUCGGCUCAUGGCGACUCGGAGGAGUGGUCUUGCUCCGACUCCAAACACGCCUCCCCCGCGGCUCGUUGGGCCCGGGCCAAGGCGCAGCGGGUGGUCUCCACCGCCGUUGUCGACUUUCUCUCCGAGCUCAGCGUCUUUGUCACGCCUGCCUUUGUCCAGGUUUUGGAAGAGAUUUCCGAAGCGCUGCACCCAUCGCAGCCUGCGCUCGACACCCUGUUUGAUGACAUCCAGCUCUCGCGCACGCUCUCGCUAGUCCGCAACGUUGCCGCCCAAACGCAGGUCUGCCUCGCCUGCGCCUCGCUCCACGUCGAGUGCAUCAUGGGCAUGACGCUGAUUGUGCCGGAGCGGGCGCCCGGCCCGCGCCCGACGCUUCCGCUCCCGGUCGAGCCACUGACCGAGCGCGAGGCCGAGUAUGUGAGCCAUUUGGUAGUGACCAACACUGUAGCCAUGGGCUCGGUCGAGCAGCAUCUGCACGGCGCCCAGUUUGAGCCUGUCCUGGUCGCCGGCUCGAAGGCGCUCUUAACCGCUGCCACCCAUAUCGAGUACCAGGACCAGCACUUUGGCUCGGCUGAGGUGGCGUGCCUCAUGGGGGGGAUGGGCCUGCAUGUCCACGCUCGCGACGCGAGCUCGCUGGCCACAUCGGGCAUUGCCUCGGAGCUGCUGCUCUUCCCUCGACGGGCCCUGUUUCCGGUGGUCUUUGCCCUCGAGGUCGACCGCGUUCACGUCGAGGGCUCGCACGCCGCACACGCUGCGCCGCCGGCCACUGGCGCCUGGGUCGGCGAGCUCGGUGGCAUCGGUAUUGCCGGCGUCGAGGAGGCACCGAUGGUCCUCAACUCGCUGAUCGCAAUCUGGACCACGUUUCUCUCUCAGCUCGGCCUGUCGCUGUCAGAGCACGCAUCGCUCCGCAAGCGGCAGCUCCAGGUCUGCAUGCGCGAGUUGGCCGCGGCGUCGAUGAUGGGCAUUGACCCCGCCCGGGUCAUGUCGCCGUCGGUCUCGCGUGCGCGUGCGCGAUCGCGAGCCUGGCACGGCCGCAGCGGGAGCGUCGGUCUUCAUCCCGACGAUCCACGUGGCAUGAGCCGGAGCCGGAGCCGCGCCGAGAGCCGCGGAGCCGCGCAGGCCGACACGCUCCGCGGCGCGCGCACCUUUGAGCACGACGCCGGCUGGAAGCUGGUCUACUACAUGCGCCGGGCCUACCGCAAGCUCAACUCGCGGAGGCGGCGGUUGCUACAGACCCAGAUCGAGGCUCGUGCCACGGCUGGCGGCCAGGCCCAGGAUACCGAGGCGCUAUUCUGGGAGACCAUGGAGAUUCUCUCGGUCUGGUGCGAGAACAAGAGCAUUGACGAGCAGGCGCUCGCUUACUCGCCGCUCAUCCUCAACAUCUUUGAGCGGCUUCCCAAGUUUGCUUCACUCGUCGAUUCGACGAUCGACAUCUCGUUUGCGCUCAAGGCUCUUCGCCUCGCCGUCCUCCACUCAAGAGGAACCGAGUCGCAGAUCAAGUGCUCCGACCUGACCGGCGCCGGCGUGGCAAGCUACGCCAAGUCCAACGAGGUUGAUCCACUGGCGGUAGGCUCCGACAGCGUGCCGCAACUUGAGCUUGGCCUCCGCUACGUCCUCCGUGUCGGGCAGGUUAAUGGCUCAGCCCUACCGGCCAUCCUCCGCUUUGCGCACUUUGCCGGCCUCCAGCAGAGCGUCAUUGCUCACGACGCGCUCUUACUCCGCGCGUCGGCGCGGCAGCCCGGUACCAAGGUGCUGAACAUGAUCGAGGCGCCGACGCUGACCUCGCCCAGCGCGGCCGGCGGCGUGGUUGUCGAUGGUGGGUCGAGCGCCGAGGGCGACGGUGGGUCCAACUCUGACGGCGGCGACGGCGGGCGUGCCCGUGGCGGCGACCCGUUGCGGUCGGUCACCUUUGCUGACGAGCGACAGCCGGUUGGUGAGAGUGGUGGUCGCCACAUACGCCGGUGGUCCAAGAGUGGGCCGGACAAGUCGUUUCUUUCGGGUGAGUUGCUCUCGCGAAGCCACGGCGAUAUCAUCGGCUUGCAGACUGGGAGAACAAGCAAGUCGGGCGACGUCGAUUUGGAAGACGCGCGGCGGCGGCGGCGGAAGCGCAAGAGCAGCCACAAGCACUCCAAGUCGAGCGGCUCGGUCCUCAAGUCAGUGAUCAAGCGGAAGCGUAUGGCGGCUGCGACACUUGACCCGGCCGGAUCCCAAGGGCGCAAGACCCGCGGCCUGUUUGAGGCCAUGGAGACGCUUGAUCGGCGCGCGUCGAUACCGUCGAUGCCGUCGAUGCCAUCACUGACGGUUGUGGACGAGGCCGAGGCGGAGGAGGAGCAGGAGGAGCAGGAGGAGCAGGAGAAUGACCAAGCUGCGAGCCUCCAACCCAAGGUGACUCUGACGGUUACAGUGACCGCGAGUUUUGAGCGGGUCUCUUUGCAAGCGACGACCCGCGAGGCCGGCAACAUGCAGCUCGAGCUGGCUAAUGCGCAAGUGAGCACGACUCAGUUUGGAUGCGACGGGUCGCGGGCGCCGCACGCGGCAGCCGACGCAGCCGAGCGUGCGUUUGGCAAGAGCGUGGCCAGCGCUGCGCUGCUUAACUCGCUGCAGGUCCGGUUCGACGAGCUCGCGGCGGUUGCGCUUGAGCCCGAUGUUCAGCGGCCAAUCAUGCGGAUCACGCUCCGUGGUGCGAUGGUCGACUCGUCGACGUGGCGGAUCGACUCGGACAAGGCGAGUGGCGAGGCUGUGCUGUACAAGUCAUCGACUGUGGUGGCAUGGGACGGGUCGCAGCUGAUCACGACGCAGGCGCCGUCCAAGCUUGUCGAGUUUCUGCAGACAUGGCAAGGCGCGUUCAAGGCGUCCGGUCGGCGGCGUGGCGACGGCGGCUCGGUCUCGGGCUCGGUGACCGGCUCGUACGGGACCGGCCGACGAUCGGGCUCGACCGUGCCCGGGCGACUGGAUCUGCACCGACUGGAGAAGCUUCAGGGGAGGUUCCUCAUGGAGUCUGCGGUUGUGUCCGAGGUUGCGCUGCUGUUGGAUGUGCGCGACAACAUGGCUGUCUUUGAGCUCCUCCCCUCCGUCUCGUCGCAGUACUCGAUCUCGCGGCUCUCGGUGCGGGUAGCGCAGGACCUCAACGGCGACCUCGCGUUUUCGUUCCACGUUUUCCCGCACGCGAUCACGUUUAUCACUGAGCUCGCUGGCAACGAGAACGAGAGCGGCGGCGAGGGCAGUGGUGACCGUGGGAGCGCCGACCCGGUUCUCGACCGUGACGAGCGGCUUCAGUCACAGCUGGCCGGCGGCGGCGGAUCGCGCGCCCACGCGCGGUUUGCGCUGCCACCGAUCCGCGGCAUGGGCUCGCUUCACAAUGAGUAUAUAGGUGAGGAGACCGAGGACGGGAGCAUCGACGACGGCGGGGUCCCGCAUGGCAUGCUCGAGUCGUUUCUCACCUCAUUGGUGGUGGUGGACUACGUGGAAAACACCAUCUCGCCGUCGAUGCUCAAUCACCUGCUGUUUCUGCAGCGAACGCUGACGCAUGAGGUCAACGAAGUGCUUGGCGCGUAUCUAGGCAUGGGCUCUGAGGAGUCGACGCUCGGUUCUACACGGCGCGGAUCACGGGCGUCGUCGAGCGCCGGUGCAUUCCACUACAAGGUCGAUCUUCUACUGGAGGGCUUCCGUAUUGUGGCCACGUCUGUGGAGCAGCCCGACGUGGUGCUGGUGGUACAGAACGGGGUGCUGGACGUCAAGCUCCGUGAUCGGGUGGUGCCUGGCUCACUAGAAGAGGUGUUUGCGGCGUGGCAGGUCCGGCUGCAGGGUCUCACGGUCGUACUCACCGCCAAGAGCGCGCUGGCACCAGCAGAGCAGAUUGCCAAGCUCGCGGCGCUGGCGUACGCACGCAGGAAGCGGACGCGGCGCAAGAAGCGGCGGCGACAGAACAACAGUGGCGGGAGCGGGAUGCCCGACGACGACGACGAUGGCCUGGAGUUUGGUAAGAUCGCGACAAACAUUGUGGUGCGCAAUUUUGACGACGCCGCAAGCGGAAACCAGGGCUCCAGCACGACUUCAGAGAUCUGGGUGUCUGUGGACACGACCCGGGCAGUGCUUCGCCCGGUUGCGGUGCGAAAGGCCGGGGCGUUGGCGAGCGAGUAUCAGGCGGCGUACGAGGCGUACAACGUGCAGCGUGCGGCGAUGGACGCAGCUCUACAGGACCAGCACCUCGAGGCACUCAAGUACAAGUCGCAGCAGGCAUUUGCCGAGAACGAGCUUGUCCUCUCCAACGCCGCGGUCCAUAUUUCUGUCAUUGACUCGGUCUUCCGGGUUCCGCUCAUCCGGGCCGACGAAGUCGACGAAGACGACGAGCUCGCGCCGCAGGGAUCGCCAGCGCCGUCAGUCUUUGAGUCGCUCCUGCCCGAGACCAAGGGUGCGCCCGAGGCGACGCCGCUGGUGCGGCUGAGCGUGGCGUCUGUGCGAGUGACCGCUAACUCACAGACGCUGCUCGACAAGGUGGAGGAGCAAGGAGGCGGGACUGGGACUGGUUUUCAGUUUGGCUCGCUUGACAAGAUGCUCGGCUCGCUGCUUGUGGAGCGCGUGGAGGCGUUUGUGUUUGACUCUGUGGCGGCCGAGGAGCCGGCAGCGUGCUUCAACAAGGCGGUUGCGCGAAUGGUAUCGGCCAACUGGUACGUGGUACGAAAGUCGUCACAGAACCGCGGGCAGGGAUGGAUCAACGCAGCAGCGACUGGCCCGUGGAUCGACGCCACGCCUGCAGUGGUCAACCAUGUGGCCCGGCUCUCGGAACUGUGGUCUCUCGAGGCCGAUGCUGAAGACAGCGGGCUGGAUCAUGCGGCCGGCCUGGGCGGCGCGACGCCUGCGGCGCGGGCACGAACCGAGGCGGCGACUCGCAAGAUCAUCGAGGGAACCGAGCAGGUGCGUAGCCGGAUAGCCGGAACCUCGCUGGGCACGUCGACGGUGGACUCGGGAAGCGGGCGUGUGCGCGAGCCGCCGCAGCCGGCUGAUCUGGUGUUCGAAGUCAAGGCGUCGGUGACCGAGGGACUUGUCCGGCUUCACCCGAGCCGCGGAGCGCUGGGCAGUGGCUCGGCCAACACGCCGGGGACUGCCGGUCCGGGCUGGGACGAGACCGGGGCGCAGCUCAUCACGCUCCCACCACUGGAGACGCUCGCGCGGUACUCUGUCGACCACAACAGCGUGAAGCGUGCGCGGCCAGACGGGAUGGGCCGGUACGUGGUGGCAUGGAAGCCGCACGCGGCGGUGGCGGCCAAGAUUGACAUUAAGAGGUCGAACGUGGUACUCACGCCGCGGCUCGCGACGUUUUUGGCCGAGAUGUCUGACCGGGCGCCGUCUGUGGCGGCCAGGGCAGCCUCCGCGGACGAGGACAAGGACGUGCAAGACGUGAGGCGAAGCGAGGGUAUGGCGACCGAGAUCACUCUCCUGGUCCAUUGCGAGCCGCGUUCGGUGACGCUCAACUGCGGGCCUGCGGCGGAUGUGGUGUGCAAGCUCGAGUUUGCUGAGCUCGACGUACUGACGACGGUGCUGAGCGCACGCGGACAGGGCGAGGGCGAGGGCGGGAGCGAGGCGGAUGCUCGGCGGCGGCGAAAGCGGCGGCGGCGGCGGAGGAGGCGGCGGAAGCAGAGACAGAAGAAGAGAGCCACGGGCCACCCGCGGAUCAAGGUGCGUGUGCCCAAGCCGAGCCGAGACGGCAGCGGAUUUGGCUACGAGUACGAGUACGAGGACGAGCGCGAGCUGGGACUCGGGAUCGAGCUCUCGUCGGUGGCGAUGAGCGGGAGCGGGAGCCUGGAGCUGAGUUCGGACGACGAGUACUCGCUCGGCGGCCUGAGCGGAAGCAGCGGUUACGAGCUCGGCGAGAGUGACAGCGCAAGCAGCGGGAGCGAGGACCAGAGCGAGGGCGAGCCCGCAACGAUGGUGGUCUCUACGGCGGUCAAGUGCAAGUUUGUCUCUAUGCAGAUCCGACACGUGUACGGAUCAGAAGACUGCGUCCGGUUCCGGCUCGACGCAUUGUCGGGCAACGAGGGCCGAUUCUACGGCUUCCGCACCGAGGACGGCGGAGCCAUGUUUAUGCGGGUUGUUGACGUGGCCAACGUUCUUCUUGACGUCAACGGCAAGAACCUCGAAGAGGCCGUAGCCUUUGGCGAGAGCUGGUCGGCCGGCUGGCGUGCAGGGUUACUGGCAGCGAGCGAGGGCGGGCGAGAGGCGGCCGACGCCCGAGACGGUACUCCGGCGGCGGUGGCUGCUGCCGCCACAAGGAGCAGCGCGCCGUCGUGGUCCAGCGUGGUGCGGAUCCGCGAGUGGUACACAUCUGUGGACCUUGGGUCGCGGGUGGGGCGUGUCCAGGUGACGUUGCAGUCGACGAUGCUCGAGACCGAGGUCUCCGGGCUUGUGGCUGGGCUCGCAACGCGACUGCCAUCUACACUUGCGCUGUCUGUGGAGCGGUGCGUGAUGGCGGCCAACAACACAAUCGAGUCUGGCCAGCUGUCAGGGCGGGUGCGCGCCGGCGGCAUGCAGGUCAAGGUUCAGCGCGAGUACCGCGCGCCUGGCGGAGCGCAGGGCGUCGAAGUGCCUACUGAGCUCAAGGUGGUGCAUGUGCAGGGGGCAGCGGUGCGUCAGGUCGAUGCGGACCUCUGGUUCAACACGGAGCGAAUGAUCAAGUGCGAGAUGCGUGCGACGUAUGUGCACGGGCGCGACCGGCUGGUGGACACGCUCGAUGCAUUGCCGCACAUUCUCUCGCAGCCGGCAGCAGCCGACUUUAGGUCCGGCGGCUAUGUGUACGUCGACGUGAGCGUGCUGUGCAAGGGCCUAACGCUGUACGCAUCGCCCGAGACCGGGCGGUCGGUGGCAACCAUUGCCGGUGCGGUGGGCUCGCUGGUGGCGGACGCGCUGGCGUCGGGCCGGCGUGUCCGCGGCGCAAGUGGCGACGGCCGCGGCGGGAGCGGUGGCGUGGCCUUCUCACUUGAUCCAAAGCAGGCGACGGGCUCUGCGGGCGGGCUCGGGCGGAACGAGAGCGCGAGCGGGAUUGGAGUAGGCGGGGUGGAUCCGAAGCCAGCGGACAAGCACGGGAUUGGAUCGCUACAUGUUGUGGUGCAGCGUGCCAACUGGCUCCGAAUCCAAGCACAGUCGAUCCAAGCGCAGCUUGUACAGCCGCGAGUCGCCGGAUCGUACAAGCGGCUGCUUGUGGUGUAUGUGCGCAAGGGCGAGGUUGCGAUGCAGUACGCGGCGUCGCGGAGCAAGUCUGUGUCGGCCAAGACGCUACUCUCAUCGGCAUCGACACAGCCUGUCUUCCGCAUUCCAACAGCCCACAUCGAGAUGGACACGGACCAGGCGCCCGAAGGCGGUGUGGUGUGGUACGACUUUGACUCGCGGUUCCCCAGUGGGCCGAUUUCCGUGGCCACCUCGCGCGCGGUGUACAAGCACCUGAUGAACAUUGUGCGCAACUUUAGCGGGUCGGCCGAGGCGCGCGGCGAUGGCGGCUCCGACGACGAGUCUUCGGAUGGCGACGAGUGGUCGUCCGCGGACGAGUUUGGCUCGCGGACCGGGAGCAAGCGAAAGCAGCAGCGGCGGCGACGCUCACGGCGCGGGCGGAGCGGGUCCCACGGCCGCGGAUCGGACGACGACGACGAGGCUGCAUUCUUUGCGGCGUCAGACGAGGGCUUUGGCCUCUCCAGCUCAGAUGGCGAAGGCGAGGCUGCAACCGCUUCUGCUGCUCGGUUCCACUUCCACCCGCAAGUCUCUGCGAUGGGCAACGUGACGGCGCACAUGGCGUCUGCACCCAACAUCUCGUUCAUUCUUUCACUCAUCGGAGUCGGUGGCGUGGACACCAUUCCGUCAGCCAUCUUUGGCUCUGUGGGCGAGCCGCUUGGCGCCGCCCUUGACCAGACGGCUGAGCUCUCAGCGCAGGCGCGGCGAGUGAGGUUCGGCGAGUGA